AUGAGUUUAGUUCAUCUUCACUCAUCAACAUGAAGCUGUGUUUGAUUCUCACCUGCGCUCUUCUUCUCUGCACAGAGGCUAAAGUUAAGCACAGAGAUCUCGGAUUAACCCUCUGUUCAGAGACGUUUGGAGAGUAUAUUUAUGGUCUUGAUGGAGAGGAGAAGGGGCAUGUUGAUUUCAAACUGAAGAAAGGAGUGAUGACGCUGCCGCAGUUCGCAGAUCCGGCCUCCUAUCCAGAAGGAGAAUAUGAGGCCGCUGCUGCUGAAGUAGGAAUCUGCAAGCAAAACUUAGCUGUCUGUAAAGAAGCUUACAAUGACCCCGCAGAACCAAAAGAUGCUCCUCAUAGUUCACUCUACUCUAAGUACAAAGUUCAGCUGGGCUCUGAAAACACCCUCAUCUGUCACAUCACUGGGUUCUACCCAGCACCCGUUGGAGUGUCCUGGACCAGGAACAAUGUAAACGUGACGGAUGAAGCCAGUCUGAGCAGAUAUUACCUUACUAAUGAUGGAGCCUUUAACUUGGUCUCUCGCCUGAGCUUCACUCCAGAGGAGGGAGAUAUCUACACCUGCACUGUGGAGCACGUAGCCCUGGAGAGACCUCAGACCAAAACAUGGAAUGUGAAGGUAGCUCUGCCCGGUGUGGGAGCGUCUGUGUUCUGUGGAGUGGGUCUGGCUGCAGGGCUGCUGGGAGUCGCUGUUGGAACUUUCUUCCUCGUCAAAGGAAACAACUGUAAAUAAGAGUAAAGACUGUAAAGAACAAACAUAAUGCAUUAGAGUAUGUUUAAAUUGUUUGGAAUAUUCUCAGAUUAUUUAGAUAAUUUUUUAUCAUUUUCUUUUACCAUUAAUUUUAUGAUUAUUCCUUUAAUAUAAGUUUUGUUUUCAAGCCUUCGGGUUGCAAUUUGUGUCUAUUGUAAACAAAAACUAAAACGAAUAAAACUGUUAUAUGUUUUAUACACAUACUGCAUCCACAUAUUGUGAUUACCUACAAAUUAUUAUGAGUUUAAUAAAGAAAACUAAGCAAUGGCAUAAUUUUAUUGGUUAGUGUUUAUUUACCUGCUUUUCUAUGAGCUUGUUUCUGAAAUGCAUUCUGUUGUGGUAAUAAAGCCAAGGAGUACUGUC